AUAAGGAGCUUUCGAUUCGUCCGCCAUUUCGUGUGGGUGGGGCGGAUUUGAGGAUACUGUCUGAAUUCGAUCUGAUGGGUUUUCUGGGUGGUUCCCAAAAGGCGGGUGGGAGUGGAUCGUCGGGGGGUUGGUUGAAGGGCCUGGUGCGGAGGAAGCGGGUCGAUUCGGCUCACGCCAGGUCCGGCGGGGGCGGCGGUCAUCACCAAUUGGCCAAGGAGCUGUCCGUUCUUCACCUUAUCGCCAUUGGGGUCGGAUCUACGAUCGGAGCUGGAGUUUACAUUCUUGUUGGGACAGUUGCUAGAGAGCAUUCCGGACCGGCUCUCACCUUCUCGUUCCUGAUAGCUGGAAUUGCAGCAGCUCUUUCAGCCUUCUGUUAUGCGGAGCUUGCAAGCCGUUGUCCAUCUGCUGGGAGCGCGUAUCAUUAUUCAUACAUAUGUGUUGGAGAAGGUGUUGCUUGGCUGAUUGGUUGGGCGCUGAUACUGGAAUACACAAUUGGUGGCUCGGCUGUAGCUCGCGGCAUAUCUCCUAACCUGGCAUUGCUCUUUGGAGGAGGGGACAGUCUUCCUGCGUUUUUAGCUCGUCAGUACAUCCCUGGGCUUGAUAUGGUGGUAGACCCAUGUGCUGCAGUUCUAGUAAUCGUCGUUACUGGGCUGUUAUGUGUGGGAAUUAAGGAGAGUACACUGGCUCAAGGUAUCGUUACAACAGCUAACGUAUGUGCUAUGAUUUUUGUCAUAGUAGCUGGCAGUUAUCUGGGUUUCAAGACUGGAUGGCCUGGUUAUGAACUUCCUACUGGGUACUUCCCCUUUGGGGUUGAUGGGAUGCUUGCGGGCUCUGCAACCGUCUUCUUUGCAUAUAUUGGUUUUGACUCAGUUGCCAGCACAGCUGAAGAGGUGAAGAACCCGCAGCGAGAUUUGCCUCUGGGUAUAGCUGCUGCAUUAUCAAUAUGUUGUGCGCUAUACAUGAUGGUAUCUAUUGUGAUUGUUGGUCUUGUGCCUUAUUUUGCAAUGGACCCUGACACCCCCAUCUCCUCUGCAUUUGCAAGCCAUGGGAUGCAUUGGGCAGCGUACAUAAUCACAGCUGGAGCUGUUACUGCUCUCUGCUCCACACUGAUGGGCUCCAUUCUUCCUCAGCCUCGGAUUCUCAUGGCAAUGGCGAGAGAUGGACUCCUGCCUGCUUUCUUUUCAGAUAUAAACAAGCGCACCCAAGUUCCUAUCAAGAGCACUAUUGUGACUGGUAUUGGGUCAGCAAUACUGGCAUUCUUCAUGGAUGUGUCGCAGUUGGCUGGCAUGGUCAGUGUGGGUACUCUUCUUGCCUUUACCAUGGUAGCAAUUUCUGUGCUGAUUCUUAGAUAUGUACCCCCAGAUGAGGUGCCCCUUCCAUCAUCUCUUCAGGAGUCAAUCGAUGCUUAUAGUGAAGCACCGGAGAGCAGUGGGAUCAUUUCUGAAGUUUCUGGUGGCGCAUCUGGGGACAGUACUCAGCCUUUAUUAGGCAAAAAGAACGCAUCGAUUGACUAUCCUAUUAUCGUAGAAAAAGUGCAAGACAUCUUGACAGAAAAGAACAGGCGAAAAAUUGCUGGCUGGACUAUAAUGUUCACGUGCAUUGGGGCUUUCAUUCUCACUUAUGCAGCUUCAAGUUUGGGACUUCCCAGCUCUCUUCGCUUCUCCUUGUGUGGUGUUGGUGGCACUUUCCUUUUGUCUGGUCUCAUUGUGCUGACUUGCAUUGAUCAAGAUGAGAGAAGGCACAAGUUUGGACAUGCAGGAGGUUUCAUUUGCCCAUUUGUUCCUCUAUUGCCUAUUGCCUGCAUUCUGAUCAACCUUUAUCUGCUGAUUAAUCUUGGGGCUGCUACGUGGGCUCGUGUUUCUGUGUGGCUGAUAGUCGGGGUACUCGUGUAUGUCUUCUAUGGACGGACUCACAGCUCUUUGCUUGAUGCCGUGUAUGUGCCAGCAGCUCAUGCUGACGAAAUAUACCGCAGUUCUGGAGACUCAUUGGCUUAAAUCCUUUGGGCGGAGAAAUAUUUGUUUCUGGUAAAGUUUGCGAGGUCAAAUUCCUUGUGGGCAAUGCGUGUAUCUUCUGUUGUAUUCUGUGCAUGAAAUUCAAUUAUUAUUUCAAUAGAGAGACUCGCAGGAGUCUCGUGUUUGUAUAGUAGAUCACGGAACAGAUGUUCCACAGAACCGAGCCAUGUAAAUAUGUGUCCUCUUCAAGUAAUUUUUCUUUGCGUAUUGAGAGUA